GUAUUAAAUGUUUUACGUAUCAUUGUAACCUUAUAAAUGCGCAAUUGCUUGUUUCAAAACGUCAGUUUAACUGGCUGAGUGGAAUGUGUAGACUAGUCGUGGUACCGGCAGUGUGGUCAUUUCAUUCCUAAUCUGUUUGCUGUAAAUAGCAAAUCCAGACGCACAGGCUCCCGUUUCGUAAAUUUGAAGACAACACUGUGGGCCCAUGAAAAGCAGCAGUUGUGUUGUUUGAAACCCCUUUUAACCCCUUGACUUGCAGUACAAAUACAAACGAGUUCAUGAGAGUGCAUUUUGAGAGUCGUCGUCAUGGAGCCAGCGUGCCGCAAAGACAAGCAGAAGCAGAAGGAGACCCCGAACAGAGGGGAUAACGGCAAGGCCAAGCAGAAAUCUGCGCAGCAGGAACUGAAGCAGAGACAGAGAGCAGAGAUUUACGCCCUGAACAAAGUGAUGACCGAACUGGAGCAGCAGCAGUUUGAGGCGUUCUGUAAGCAGAUGCAGUCGCAGGGGGAGUGAUGUGGAGCUCCAGGGCUUCAGGGGGGACCCUUCCAGUACCUGGAUGGAAACAGAAGAUGCUAUUUUGAAGCAAGUUCGAAGUUUGCCCUGAAAAGUUACAAAAAAAAAUAAUAAUUGUGAGUAUUAUAAGCGUUCAAACUGGUGGUGUCAAAGUCCCAGUUCAAAUCGUGUUAGCUCUGCUCUGCUGCCCGUGGAUAUCAACAGGUUAGCUGCUUCUUGCUAGAUUUAUAAUGUGUGUUUUGUUUUGCGUUCAGAAAUGGGGUCAGCUUGGCAUUGUCGGGCCCAUAGGGUGAGUUGCAACAUUCCACUUGAACUGGUUAAACUGAGGUGUAGCCUGAAAAUAAGCAUGUUGGCUCAAGUUUUAACAUAGACCAUGCCUUGUGAGGUUUUACUGUGCUUUGCAUUUCAAUGGUUUUCAAAUAUUUGAAUGAUAUGAAUGAAGUUUUAGUGGUUUUUUUUGUGUAAUUUAGGUUCAGAUUUUUCUUUUCUUUUUUUUUUUUUUUUUUUUUUAAAGGCUAACAUUUAAAACUAUGGCGUUUGUUACAAGUGAACUUUGAUUUGUGGUUUGCAUUGCCCUUUUAAAUGCUAUUCAAGUGGAUCUUGGUGCACUCCACGAGGAACAUUGUUUUGCUCAAUACUGAGGUUAAUUGUUAAAGACUUCUGUGCUUAAUAUAUAUAUAUAUAUAUAUAUAUAUAUAUAUAUAUAAUUAUAUAUUUUAAAAAAAGCAUGAUAUCUAAAAGGUUUUAAAUGUUUUAUAUAUAAAAGUAUACAUAAUUACAAAUGCACACACUAAGGGAAAUGUGUCAAUUAGGUUUAAAAUGGGUCUAAAGUAAGUGGGUCUUGCAAAACCAGUGAAAUGGCCCAAGAGGUUGGGUUUAAUUUAAACCAGUAUUAUGUUCUAACUGGAGGAUGAACCAGAACUCAGUUUAGUACCAAGGAUGUGGACCGUUGCAACUGGCCCUUGACUUAUUCAUGUGGAAGUGUGCCAGUGAUCAAGACCAAUGGAGGGCCCAGCAAAACACACUAAAGCAGUCGGCAGCAUGAUUCAAUCAACAUGGCUGUGCCUUUAAAACAAUGCACAGUAGAACCUCGAAGCUAUGAGCAGCACAAACCAGCAAACCACACCACCUGGCACUGGAAACCGGGCUCCGGGCUCCUGCACAGGGGGUGAAGAUCAGACCUGGCAGAACUAUUAAUACCGCACUCCUGCAGCAGAGGUGUUAGUUUCAGAGUGACUGACAUUUCAGUAAUAUGAACUCCCUCCAUCCCUAUGUGUUCAAAACUUUGGGACCCUACAGUGUUGUGAGAGAUGUCUUUUGAUCAAAAGUCUGAAUAUGUAGCCAGUGUAAAACAAGUAUAAGAAGCUACGGAAAUAUACUGGUGCUUAUAAGCCCCCUGUGGGUGAACAUUGUGUUGCUUUUAAUAAUAUUGUUGGGUUUUUUUUUGUUGCUGUACUGAUUUUAUGCUUUUUGUAUUUAUUUUGAUUAACCUGUUUUAAUAAAUUAACUUUAUUGAAAUGUUUUAGUUUCUAUAAA